AUGAGCAAUGCAAUUAUUAUCUUACGUCCUACAAUAGCCGAUGUAGUUACCGAUUCCCAAUUAUUAAAAGCUGUAGAGAUUCUUAGAGAGAAAACCUCGCUAUCAGCCUAUUCACUGGCUAGCAUGUUAAUUGUUAUCAAUUACGUGUUGGGUAAACCUUAUUUUUCAGAUUCUGUGUUUGGUAACAAGACAACUGUGGAUUUUGAAUAUAAUGGUCAAAGUUUUGUAGUAGAAUUUUUUAAUAUUAAUUCUGGUGAUAUUGGUGGUAAUGGUGUUAACCUUGGUGUAGGGGGGACGGAUAUCAUUGAUAAAUCAUCUUCACCUGGUAUAACCGACGCAAACACUACAUCAUCAUCGUCAACUCCUAUGGAUGUUGAUCCUCCACGUCAUUUAAUAAGUAAUAGUAGUGGUGCAUUAUCGCCAUCAAUAUCUGCUGCUGCGAAUACACAAUCUUCAACUGCUUCCACCAAUAACGUGAAAACUACAAACAACAACAGUUCACCACAAUUAUUACAACCAACUAUAGCAGACAUUCUUAGCGACGAAGAAACUUUAAGUCUUAUAGAGUUACUAAAACAAAAAACACGAGAGUCUCCUAUAAAAUUCGCUAGUUUAUUGUGUAUUGUUAAAGCUGUUCUUGAAGAUGUAGGAUUAAAGGGCAAUUUGUUUCAAAAUAAAAUAAAAUUUCAAUAUCAAAUAAAUGGCAUUCAAAAGGAUUUCCUUAUUGAAUUCGAAGAAAAUAAGCAUUAUUAUUAUCCACAUUAUCCAGACGAUUAUUCUUUACUAAAAUCGAAUCAGAUCUUAUCUCCAAAUGAUUUCAGUCCAUUAAGAAUUUCUUCACCAACUGUUUUCAAUCGCCAUCACCAUGGUGCUAGCCAAGACAUGUCUGACGAAUUAGAGAAAGAUGAAAUUGUUGAUGGAUCAUUAUUGGAUCAAGAAGCUUGGAAUACCCAUGGUUCUCCUAUUGCGAAUGCAAAAAGAAAGCGUGAUUGUACUAACUCUGAUGAAGAUCAUUCCACUCAACCAAAUAACAAAACUAAAAGGCGUUCUACUGAUAAACAUAAAGCUCCUCCUUUAAGUUGUGAAGCAGUAAAACGUCUUUUUACUGGGAUUACUAAAGCAGUUUUAUUACAAAGAUUAGAUGAGGCAAAAGCUUUAAUUGCUUCUAUAAAGGAAGGUUAUUCUAAUGUUAGAAUUGAUGGUAUUUCCUCCAAAGUGUUUUCAAAUUUAGAACUUUAUAAAUUAUUUACAACUUAUAACAAUUAUAAAGAAGAAUUGGCUCAAAAUUCACAUGCAAAUCCACAUCAUUCACCGAAUAAUAAUCAUCAUAGUGAUUCUUCUUUAAGUCCAUUAGAAAAAACUGGUGGUAAAGAAGUUGGUAAACAUCGUUUGAAUUGUGCAUGGAGACUUAGUAUAUUGUGUGAACUAUUGGGCAAAGGUGUAUUAUUGAUGACAAAAGAACUUAGUGGUGCUAAGCUAGAAAGAAUUUUGGUUGAAGAGUUUUCAAAAUUAGUGGAUUUUUUAAGAAACCCUGAUAAUCAUGAUUGGGUUGCUAGUGUUCGAGAAAAAAUGGAUUUGGCCGGAUUUGAUGAUGUUUAUAAACCUUUAGAUGAUGCAGAUUUGGAAAGUAAUCUGACAGCGGCAGCAGCUUCUACUACUAUUAUUGCUCCUCAAACUAAAUCUAAUACAUUGUCAUCACCAUCUUCUUCAUCUACUGCAACAAUUACAUCUACCAAUUUGACUACUGGUGAUAACAAUGAAAUUAUUCAUCGUCAUGGCUUAGAUAUUGAUUCUAAUACUUUCAAUAGUGAUGAUCAUUCAGAUAUUCCAAACAUUCUUACUUUUACAAUUGAUCCUAAUAGUAAUAUUCUGCAACAACAAGAACAACAAGGAGAAGAAGGAACUACUGCUACUGCAGACGUUGCAACUGCAAUAUAA